AUCAUUAAUUUAAGUGCAGUUCCAAAAUAAAAGAAUAAUGGAAGGAUCACCAUUUGAUGCUCAAAGGGCCGAACCAUCCCAACAGCAGCCAAAUGCAACACCACCACUAGCUUUGUCUCAGCAGCAUGUCAAAGCUCUCAACACCCAAUUUGCAAGUUGGGUACAAUCACAAUUGAAGAAUCACCCCGAUGAGCUUUGGCAAGAUGGUGCUAGUGACUACCUAAGUCAUGCUUUAAACAUUAUGGAGAAGUUCUGAUGUUGUCAAUUGGCUCAAAGCCAAUGUGGUAAAAGAUGACAACUUGACUGCUGCUGAAAUUCAUAAAAAUGAGAGUAAAGUGGUGCCCGAAACCAAGAACAUGGAUAAUAUUUUUUUCAAGGAAAAACUGGAUUUACUCCAACCAGCACUACAGGCUUUAUUCCAGGCACUUCAACUCUGACCUUUCCUACAGGCACUGCAGCUUAUACCUUUUCUCUGGACACUACAACUACACGCCUAACUCCAGCUGAUAUGACUAAAAGAUUUCCUCCAGCGGGAACAACUACUACCUUUACCUCGGCUAGUUCAACUACAAGCUUGGCUCCGGCUAGUCUGACAACUACAAGCUCUAUGCCAGCUGGCUCAAAUUCAAGCUUUACAUUUGGCCUUGCAACUGCAAAUUUUGCUUCCUCCAGUACAACAAAUAGUUUUACUACAUCUAACAAGACUGUGAGCUUUGCAUCUCCUUGGAGCUCUGGAGCAUUCUCUAAUAGCAAGUCUCCUUUCUUGUUCGGAACCCAAACCUCAGUUUCUGUGGACAACAAUGCAGCAGAUGACAUGGAUGAUGAGAAUGAGUUGCCACAGCCUAGCAGUCCAUCAGUGAAGAAGUUGGAAGAGCAUGGUAUUGUUGUUGUUCAUGAAGUCAAAUGCAAGCUUUAUGUCAAGUCAACUGAUCCAGCAGAUAAAAAUUCAUGGAAAGAUAAAGGCACAGGGCAGCUUUCCAUUAAAUGCAAAGAGGGUAUCAGAAAGGGUUCAAAAGAUUCCAAACCGAUAGUUGUUGUUCGAAAUGAUGUGGGAAAGGUGUUACUUAAUGCUUUGCUAUAUCCUUGGAUCAAGACAAAUGCACAAAAGAACUCCCUUGUUGCUAUAUUUCAUUCGUCGGAUGAUGUCAAUAACGAAGAUGUCAUGGCACGGACCUUAAUCAGAACAAAAUCGGAGGAUGACCGAAACAAACUGGCAACAGCCAUACAAGAAUAUGCCCCUGCCUCAUAAAAUGGUCGGCUUCUUAGGGAUUAGACCAUCUUGUUCUAGUGGCUCCAAAAGUUACGGGGCCAAUUUCAACAGUGAUUUCAUUAGAUUAUCAUAUGAACGCAGCAGUUGAUUACAAUGGUUAUUUAUCCCCAAAUUCCCAAGGAAUCAUGCUCUCGUUUUUUUAUAGUUUAUAUUAAUAUCAGUUGGAUGCCUUGUUCAAGCUA